UUAACCUCGUUUUUGUCGUGAUUAUAUUCUGCUGAUUUUUGUGAGCGUGCUCUGUGACUUAAGUGGAUGGAGCAGGUGCUGGGCUGAGAAUGUGUUGCGGGUCUCUGAGGGUUUCUUCUUUAUUUUCCUUUCACUGUAUUCAGAUGAUCUGAUUUGACAGUGGCACUGGACAGCAAGGGGCUGCUCUAUAAUCCUCCUGAUUAACAGACCAUCUGGAGAAAGAGUUUCCUCCCGCUUCCCAGAGAUCAUGGCGGCUGGCACACACUCUCCAGGAGGGCCCAGUGGAAUCAUCCGGAGUCAGUCGUUUGCUGGCUUCAGCACGCUGCAAGAGAGACGCUCACGGUGUAACUCAUUCAUGGGGAACGCGGCAGCACAGAAGAAGUCACUCACAAAGACCAAGAAGCCCCAUCUGUGUGGGCACAAGUCCAGCAGCAGCAGCUCACAUGAACCACAGCCUAAGAGAGUGGAGGAGGUGUAUGGAGCCCUGAAACAGGGCCUGGAUGAGUAUUUGGAAGUGCACCAGGCAGAGCUGGACAAACUCACCUCUCUCAUGAAGGACAUGAAGAGGAACUCCAGACUGGGAGUGCUGUAUGAUCUUGACAAGCAAAUUAAGACAAUUGAGAGAUAUAUACGACGCCUGGAGUUUCACAUAAGUAAGGUGGAUGAGUUAUAUGAGGGCUUCUGUAUUCAGAGGAGGCUACGAGACGGUGCCAGUAAAAUGAAGCAAGCAUUCACUGCUUCACCUUCUACUAAAGGGACACGAGAAAGCCUGACUGAGGUCAACCGCCGCUACAAAGAAUACACAGAGAACAUGAGCACUUUUGAGGGGGAGCUGGAGAACCUGUUGGGCGAAUUCCAUAUCAAAAUGAAAGGUUUGGCUGGAUUUGCGAGGCUUUGUCCAGGUGAUCAGUAUGAGAUUUUCAUGCGGUACGGACGACAGCGCUGGAAGCUGAAAGGGAAGAUUGAGGCAAACUCCAGGCAGAGUUGGGAUGGAGAGGAGAUGAUCUUCAUGCCUCUAAUCACGGAUCUCAUCUCCAUAAAGGUAACCGAACUGAAGGGACUUGCCACUCAUGUCCUGGUGGGCAGUGUGAUCUGUGAGACCAAGGACCUGUUCACUGCCAUGCCUCAGGUGGUAGCUGUGGACGUCAAUGAUCUGGGCACCAUCAAACUAAACCUGGAGGUCACCUGGUUUCCAUUUGAUGUGGAGGACCUGACCCUGUCCUCGGGUAACGUGAGCAAAGCUACUGCGUUGCAGAGACGAGUGUCAGUGUACAGUCAGGGCACGCCUGAGACCCCCACCUUCCAGGACGCAACAUUCUUUACAUGGCAGCCUCAGCCUCGUCAGGGCCACCACUUCUCAUUCCUGCACACACUCAGGGACACUCUCUUAGAGAAACUCAGACGCAGUCGCUCAUUUGGUGACCUGGCUGCACUGCGGCCUCGUCCCAGAUCCAGUCUGGAAGUCUACUCCACGUUGCCUGAUGAUGUUUUUGAAAAUGGUGGCUGUAGUGUAUCCGAAUGCAAGCGCCUGUCCUUCACCUUCUCCGAUACACCAGCCUCUAGCCCAGCUCCUGGCCAAUCACAUCCUGAGAUCACCGUAACACCUCCUGAAAGUGAGCAACCACCUCAGCUUCCUGCUUUAGACGAUCAGCCUGGUGAGGAAGAGGAUGGUGAGGAAGAGGAGGAGAGCACCAGUGUAAGUGCCAGUCUUGCAAGCGCCAGUGAGGCAGAAUCAGAGCGCGAGUGGGAGCGAGUGGAGUGUCAGCAUGGGUAUGAAUCCACAGCACCCUCGCUCUCCUCAGAAGGCCAGAUCUCAGCUGUGGGGCCCGAAGAUGUGGUGUUCCUGGAGUCUGGCAGUCAUGACGAGAGCUCAGAGCUGAAGCCAGUGGAGCUGGAUGGGGAGGAGGGCAGUCUGACCAGGCAGCUGGUGAGGAGACUCACUUCCUCUGAUAUCUUGCCUGAGCCAGCCGCUCUGAGCUGGGCUGGAGAGAGCACCCUGGAGGAGGCCAUCCACAGCCUGCUGAUGAAGCUGGAGAGCGUGACCCAGCGCUGCCGAGAGCUUCAGGACCUUGAACAGGAAGUGAUGAAGCUGGAGGACCUGCUCAAGUGCCGAGAUCCUGCUCAAAGGAGUCACUCCUCCAGUCUCAGCCUGACUGUGGAGAGUGCUCUAGAGAGUUUUGACUUCCUCAACACCUCAGACUUUGAUGAUGAAGACACUGGGGAUGACAAUGCUGCUGUCUCACGCUCUGUAUUCUUCGACAUGGAUAGGAUGGGGCCAAGUCGGCAUCCAGAGGCCCGAGGUCACCUGAGUGAAGCCCUGACGGAGGACACCGGUGUGGGUAACAGUGUGGCCGGGAGCCCCCUGCCACUCAGCACAGGCAACGACAGUCUGGAUAUGGCCAUCGUUAUUCAUUUGCAAUACUGCAACCAUCUCAUUCAGCUGUUGACUUCAGGAGGAAACACAUGGCAGCAUAAGGCCUAUUUGCACAAACUUUCUGCCCAAACUGAGCUGCUGGAAGAGUUAACAGAGAACAGCAUAGAGUGGCCGGGAAGCAUCAGCUCAGCUGCAGAGGUGCUGCCUGGGCUGGCGGAGCAGUCAGUGUUGCUGUCCCUGUGGUGUGAGUGUGCUGAUUCUGGAAGCCCGUUUCACAGCACAGUGGAGCGAGUCCUCAAGCACAUGCAGCAACGCUUCACUGCACCACUGCAGGAGACUCACCCUCACAGCACAGACUCAGUCAUAAGGCUGGUGGUGACUGAGAUGAUGGACAGGAAUGAGCUCGCCUCCACCCCUUCCUUUCUAUCACAAGAUGUUUUGACAGUGUUCCAGUUUUACAGCUACGCCACCAAGCACAAUGUCACAGACAUGGAGCAGCACCUGCUGGAGGUGGCCAGAGAGGCUGCGUUUGCGGAGUGUCUGAGCUCUGCCGAUGUUGAGUGCUCUGUAAAAGAGUUGCAGGAAAUGUCCAUCACUGCCCUCCAGCCCCGUACACACACCCUGUGUGUUCUCGCUGGCCUCCUGACCUCUGAUGACCCUGCCCUCAGCAAAGCUGCCUCUGCCUUUCUCUCAAACGCUGCCUCACAUCCACUUUUUAGGUCAAAGGCAGUGCAUUGCUACACACAAACCUUAUCAGAAGCAGGUGUACAUGCACAAAGAGCUGCUUGUGUUGCUCUGAGCUGUCUGCAGGCUGUGGAGAGCAUCAGAGCAGUCGUGGUGCUGUGUGACUCUCCUGAUGAGGAGCUCCGCCAUAUUGCCAUACAGACCCUCCUCACAUUCGGUGAGGAGGGUCGGCUGGCAUACGAGCAGUUGGACACCGUGCCAAGGGAGAUGGUGCGACUGGGUACGCGUCGUGGCACUGCCGUCACCACUGCCUUCUGAGAGCAGCAAGUUCAAAAGCCCACGUUACCGUUCCUGUGUCCAACUGUCCCACUUAUCCGGGGCAUGAGAGGCGCUGUUCCUCACAAAACCACUCUGUACCAAGGCCUGAUGCACAGAUCAGUUCUAACAGUAGUUAUAAUUUUUUUUUUUUAUCACCACUCACAUUAUUAUUGAUGUUCUUUCUGACUACCAUUUAAUUAUUGGUUGGUAAUAGUUGAGGUUCCUGAAUUUGCACUUGUUAGAGGCAUGUACAUAGAACACAUUCUUGUCGUAUAUUGUGUGGCGUAUCCUACCUGAACUACCUGAGACUUGUGCUUUUCAGCUUCAGGGAUUCUGAGGGACGUGUUUAAUCUAACCCUCAUAAUUACUCAGAGUGUAUAUGUGAGUAAAUAAGUCCUAACUAUGGGCAUCAUUGGACAGAGUUAAGCUUGGCUCUACGGCAUGUGGAUGCUAAUAAGAGAAGCACAUACUGUAUCUGUUUAUCCAGACCUCGCAUAACGUUCGCUUUGCUUUGCAGUGCCACUAAUCAGCAUCACACAAAGCUGUCUUGUUUGGAAUAAUGAGCAGUAGGACGGUGACAUGGUGGUCUGCCACUAGUGACUGAAGAGGCAAGCUUCUUCAGUGUUGUCCUGCAGAUUAAGUAUUGCAUUAAUAUGGUGCGAAUGCUCUGGUGAAUGGCAAGAAGUGAUGGAUGUGUGUGUGUGUGUGUGUGUGUGUGUGUGUGUGUGUGUGCACGUGUGUAUAUGUUAAAAUGCACUUUUUGGUAUCUCAAGUAAGAAGUCUUAAUAGAUUUACUGUGAAUUUGGUGUUAAGCUUCAAUGAAGACUGAAAGUACAGUGCUCCGUGAUCCAACUCGCUUCUGUGCCUCGUGUAACUGUACUACUGAGUCGCAUUUUAACUGUGACAACUCAUCGUUUCAUCAUUUUAUUUAUUUUUUAUUUUUUAAUUUCAUCCAUGUAUCUUUUUCUUUUUUAAUCACAAAACUGCAUUGUAUCCGCAAUAUACUAAACAUAAAUGCUUUCUUUGGUAUUUAUGGUUACUCCAUGCAACCACACACACUAUCACAUUUUGAUAUGUUAAUACUGUAAACUUUUAAAUUGUUUUAUUGAUUACUUAUCUUAUCUUCUUGAGAGUACUGAAGUACUAAUGUGCUAGUAAGCACUGAAAAUUUUUGUUUUUAGUGUUUAUAUUAUAUUAGCCUGUUAUUUUGUCAUCAGUCACUUACUUCACAAAUUUCUAAAGCCAUAAUUCACACAAGAAAAAUAUAUGACUGGAUUAUUUUGUAAUCUGUAUCACAGAGCUUUGGCCUAUUUUUCCAUAUUAGAUAAUACUUUUUUGUUUUUGUUGUGUCCGAUCUGCGUUAUUCUCAUUUCCACAGUAUUUUUAGACUUGGCCAUCAAGAAAACAAUUUAACACCAGUCUCCAAGGGAUUUUGUACAUAUAGUUCAUGUGAGUUGUGUAACGAAUAUUGAUGUGCUUUAUAUAAAAAUCCAGGCUUACGCAUACACCUAGAUUCAUUUUUACAAUUUCACUAACAAACUCCUGAGAUCCUGUUAAAAAUUUUAGUAUUAUUUUUCAUAACUGGUUUGAGAUUAAUACAUUUUCAUUAGCAGGGAGUAGAGGAGUGCUGUAUAAACAGCUUUAGCACAACUUUGAAUGAAUGCAGCACUCUGGCUCUCAAACUUAUUGUAUAAUAUCUCCAUUCACUUUUCUUCUUUGUGUUUAUAAUAUUCCUCUGUCUGUUGCAAUAAAGUUUAUUUUUGGAUAAUGUUAUUUACUGAAAGCA